UGCUGAUGCCGAGCUUGUGAUGCGAGAAUAAUUUCACACCGGAGGCAAGGCUCGAAACGGACCGAGCGGGUGACGAUUGACAGUAUAUUUAGGAUAAAAUAAACAAACGCGAAAUAUAGUCAACUGGUUACGGUAGAAGCGAAUAUUUGGUCAAAUUGCAAAGUAAUUGUGCAGAAAUAGGUGAGCGCGAGAACGUGUAUCGGAUCCAUCCCACGAUCGCUGGAGGGCUGGAUAAGAAAGCUCCUGUCUUCCAUUUCAUAGAAAAUUUUCCUCCAACUGUCAGCUACCAACUGUGCGCAGCACUCUAGAGAUCCUCAAUAUGGAGAGAACUGCCAUUUCCACUUCACUGCUCACAGUCUGCUUAAUUUUGGCUGUGUGUCGCUGUUCCCUUGCGAUUCCCUUCUGCCCUGCCCAGUGUGUCUGUGAGACCCGCCCAUGGUACACGCCUCAGUCGGUCUACCAUCAAGCCAAGACUGUUGACUGCAACGAACUCCAUUUGAGCCGAAUUCCAUGGAAUAUAUCCAUUGAUACUCAGGUGCUACUUCUUCAGAGCAACAACAUCUCUAGGGUAACCUCAGAGCUCCAGAGCUUGGUCAACCUCACGGAACUGGAUCUCUCUCAGAAUCACUUUACACAAAUCCAAGACGUUGGCUUGAGUAACCUAUCCCAACUAGUCACACUCUACCUUGAGGAAAACCAGAUUAAAGAGCUGCCUGAUUUGUGUCUAAAGGAUCUAGUCAACUUAGAGGAGCUUUACAUUAACCAUAAUCAGAUCUCUUCGAUUGGUCCCAAAGCAUUUUCAGGGUUGUCGAACCUUCUAAGGCUUCACCUCAACUCAAACAAACUCGUCGCGAUAGACAGCCAUUGGUUUGAAUCCCUACCCAACCUGGAAAUCCUAAUGAUUGGGGAAAAUCCUAUUCUUGGCCUACAAGACAUGAACUUCCAUCCCCUCUCAAAAUUGCACAGUUUGGUGCUAGCGGGAAUGGGACUCAGGGAAAUCCCAGAGGGUGCUUUCCAGGGUUUAGAGUAUCUCGAAAGUCUCUCGUUCUUCGAUAACAAGCUCACGGCAGUGCCAAAAAAAGCCCUGCGUGUUCUACCCAGCCUCAAGUUUCUCGACCUUAACAAGAACCCUAUCGUCCGUAUCCUGGAAGGUGACUUCCGUGACUUACCGCACUUAGAAGAACUCAGUCUGAACAGCAUGGAGGAACUUGUAGCAGUGGAAAAGGGCGCAUUCUCCAACCUACCGCAAAUGGCCAAACUAGAGCUCUACAACAACCCUCACCUGUUCUUUAUAGACCGUGCCGCAUUCCUGAACAUGCGUGGCUUGCGUACCUUACUGGUCCAUAAUAACGACCUCACAUUAUUUCCCCAUGAGAUUAUUUCUGCCUUCCCCAGUCUAGAUGAAAUCAGUCUUCAUAGCAACCCACUCAGGUGUGAUUGUCUUGCCAAUUGGGGCCCAGUCCUGGGCAAUCAAUCCAGCCUUAAGCUUUUGGAAUCCCAGAUUACUCUCUGUGCCUCCCCGCCACAUCUCGUUGGUCAGUCCCUUCAAGAAGUGGUGUCUGCAAGUUGGAAUGGGGCAAGCAAUACCUGCCUGCCUCUUAUUUCUCAACAUGCCUUCCCUCUGCAACUCAAUGUCACCAUCGGCCAGCUUCUAACGCUCAGCUGUUGGGCCGUUGCAGAUCCUGCACCUCAGUUUUACUGGGUGACACCCACGGGCGACAAGGUCACUUCGGAAGCCGUUUCACCAUCCUUAAAUGAGGGUGCAGGAACCAUGAAGAAGCACCGGAUGCAAGACCAAGGUGCUCUUGAGAUCUCACACAUAGAACCGGAGGACGAUGGCCUCUACACAUGUGUUGCUUGGAACAGCGAAGGGGCAGACACUCGGAGUGUCUCCGUUUAUGUGGAUAAGAGUAACUGGCAUGGUGAAAGCCAUAGCAGGGGCCAUCAUGGGAUGGUGAACACCACAGGAUCCUUGGUAGUCCAGGCAAAAAUUGUCCAUGCUCAGUCUGUGGUGCUAGAAUGGAAGGUGCAUCCAUCUGUGCGAUUUUACAACCAUGAGGUGGCGCAACCGAAGUGGCUCAGUGCUACCGUCAAGAUUGACAAUCCGCAGAUUAGCUACACAGCGAUGGUGCCAGUAGAUGUUCAAGAAUACAAUCUCACACACCUUCUACCUUCAACAGAGUACCAAGUUUGCCUAACUAUGGCCACCAAGGAGCAAACCCAACACUCUUGCAUCAACGUGACCACCAAAGAGGCCAGCUUUGCUGUGGAGAUGGUUGCGCAGCAGACCAAUGUAGCUCUAGCGGCAGUGAUGGGCUCGAUGUUUGCAAUCUGCAUCAUGGCUCUGCUGGUGUUCUACAUGGGACGGCGUAUGAAGCAGAAAUCUUGCCAUCAUUCUCUGAAGAAAUACAUGCAGCACACCACCUCCAUUCCUUUGAACGAGCUUUAUCCACCUCUCAUUAACCUCUGGGAGAAUGAGACGGAAAAAGAGAAAGAGGGAUCCAUUGAUCCUCAAAACUCACAGAUAGACACCUCAAAAACAUACAUGUGGUAGUAGCUGCUCUACGGAAUGCAGAUAGAAGAGACAUUUUAAACAGUUUAUGCACUGUAUUGUACUUAAAUGACAAGUAUGUAUUUAAUUGUUGAUUUGUCAUUGUGAAAGAUGUAUUUUUAGAUUGUACCCUUCAAAACCAAGCAUACUUGGUUGCAGUUGUGACAUGGUAGUGAAACACUGCUGAGGCAAACAAAACACACUCUAUUCUAUUGCAUUGCAUUGUAUUUUCUGCAACCUGGUCUCAUAGAAUCACGUUACUAUACCUACAUUUUUGCAAAAUUAUUUUUAUGUGGCUCGUUGUAUGUAUUGCAGCAGUUUCCAGGCGCUACAACAACGACUUUUAUUCCCUUUCACACAAAUCAACAGACAAGGUUCUUUCACUCUCGCAAGGAGAAAUCGGGAGAUGGCAAAUCAAACUCAAAAGGUUUAUUUAUUUUCUCUCAAUCCAAUGCUUUUCUGCACCCACAAAUGAUUCUCUCACACACACACACAAAUGCAGGCUUGGUUCUCUCUCUCUCCCCUCUCUUGACUGCCCCAUUUUAUCCUUCUCUGCUCUCACUGUAAAACACAAACAGUUGUUAGAGAUAACACCCACAGAUGGGACUCCUUACCAUUCUCAUCUCCCGAUCUCGCUCUCCAUUAACAAAUUGCCGCUCGACCACGCCCCCACCUCCACAUACCCCCAUUGCCCGACUCAGGCCAGGGAGCCAUCCGGCUUGACCAAACCCCCCCCCCCCAACCUCAAUUUGAAAUGGAUGAAGAGCUAGUUCCAAUGGGUGAUCUGCGCAUUGGUAUCCUUCAUUCGAUGGAACCACUGGAGUGGGGCAUGGUCUGAACAGAGGGUGAAGGCCCGUCCCAGGAGGUAAUACUGAAGCUUAAGGACCACCCACUUGAUGGCCAAACAUUCCUUUUCAAUGGUGCUGUACCUCGACUCUCUCACCGAGAGCUUUCUGCUGAUGUACAGCAUCGGGCGCUUCUCCCCUUCGACCUCCUUGGACAACACGGCUCCCAACCCCCUGUCUGAUGUGUCGGUCUGUGACACAAAAGGGAGAGAGAAAUCAGGAGAGUGUAAUAACUCCAGACUACCACCCCUGGUGUCGCAAGUUUGCUAGGGAGGGUAGAGUCACAUGGGCUAACCUCUUUGUGGUCACGAUUAGGGGUUCUCGCUCUCAAUGUGGCACAUGGUAAGUUGUGCGUGGAUCACGGAGAGUAGCAUGAGCCACCACAUACGGAGCCUCCGCAGUGUCAUGCACAACGAGCCAUGUGAUAAAAUGCACGGAUUGACUGUCUCAGAAGCGGAGGCAACUGAGACUUGUCCUCCGCCAACCGGAUUGAUGUGAGCCACCAUGAGGACCUACUAAGUAGUGAGAAUUGGGCAUUCCAAAUUGGGGAGAAAAGGGGAUAAAAAUAAAUAAAUAAAUAUCUCAGCUCUGUAGGUCCAAAUAAUGCAAGUGAAUGGUGGCCACAACUUUGAAGGUCAGAAAGAUCAGCAGAAUAGUAAUCCAAAUAACUCCUAUGGUUAAAUUCAAACCUUCAGAAGGGAUAUGACUAUAAAUGUCCACUUUCAAUUUUUUCUUCUUUUGUUUUUGGUAAUUCACAUUCUUUGUAUAACUUAAAUAUUGACCUUUUUCUCACCCAGAUCUAUCAUAUAGCUUCUGAUGACAUAUAUCUAACCACUGAAAUCUUAUGGAUUACUUUUAUGCUGCUUUUAUUUGUUUUUUUGACCUUCAAAGUUCUUGGCAUCAUUCACUUGCAUUCUACAGAACUGAGAUAUUCUUCUAAAAAUCUUUGUUUGUGUUCUGCUGAAUAAAGAAAGUCAUACCCAUUUGGGAUGGCACAAGGGUGAGUAAAUGAUGAGAUCAUUUUCCUUUUUGGGUGAACUAUCUAUUUAACCUUCUGUUCCUCAUCUGUUUGGAAGAAGAUUUACUCGCAUUAAGCACCGCACAAUGGACAUUUCACCUUAAACCUGCUGCAGUUUGCAAAAAUGUAAUCACAUAAUUGUCACAAGAUCAUGCUGAUUUUCUAAGAAUAAUUCAACGUUUAGCAUGCAGAUGUGCUUGCAAAUUCAUGUAAUUUAUUUAUAACAGCAUUAAGAAAACGAAUACACUUACACAGACAAACUAUUUAUUUCACUCCAAACAUAUCAAAUUACUUGACAUCAGAUUGACAGUUUCCGGAGUUUUUGCAUGGAAUUUUGCAUGAUAUUUUGGUGCUCACGGGGUGAGUUUUUGCCUAGUUUUCUCACUUCUUAAAAUACAUAGGUGCAAGAAAGACAUUAACAUGUGCUCGAUGCUCUCAUUUGUCUUCAGCCCAUCACAUUUCAUCACCUGCAUUGUACUGAAAAUAAAACCUAAAUCAAACCUGCCAGGUGCUACGAAAUUGCUGUUACUGCAAACUAAUUUGCUGUCAUAUGUAAUUAAUCCUGGUACACAACUGCACAGCUGUGUUUAUUUACCCUUCAAUUUGAAAUACUUUUUAAAAUAACAAUUUAUGAAAGAUAUGGAUGUUUAUUAGUACUGACUGAAAAUGUAUUUCACAUUUGAUUUAAAGUAAAUCAUUAACUUAAAGAUCAUUUGGUUGAAAUGCCUGACCUGACGUUCGCCAAUGGAGCCGUUAAACGUUUUGCACCUCAUCAUUGCAUUGGCAUAUUUAAGAUCAAGAAAUUGCUACUGUUCACAGUUAAAUAUGUUGCCACUUGCCAAAUUCAAUAUUCACACAAUUCAAUCUUAAAAUUGCUAUUGUAACUGCAUGGUGUGGGAAUUGAAAAUGUAUCAAUGUAAUAAAUUAAUUAUAUGGAAUUAAAUUUGACUUAUAAAUAUACAAUCCCCGUUAAAAACAAUAAUCAUUUCAGUUUAGUCCAGAUGAUCUGUUAAUGUUACAUUAAACCUGUCAGGUUUUUAUAUAAUACCAUAUCAUAUUGAUUAAUGCAAAUGUUAUGCAAGACACAAGCUCAUUUGUUAUUGUUAUGUUAAAUAUUUAUCAACAAAUACAACAUCCAUCCAGACAUUGAUCAAAUAUAUACAAACCAAAUUAAACUUUGAUCUAUCCGAAGGUGUUCUUUCAGAGGAUUACCUUUUAAUAUGUUAUGUAUGAUUUGAACCAAAGAUAAGACACACAUUCAGUAUUUCUCAGCUGCCAUAAGUCAAUGUGAUGUCAUACUAUAUUUAGCACUGAAGGACAGUGGGAAAAUAUCUAUUAUCUAUUUCAACAUCUAUUGAUUUUCUUUACUUGCAUGCUCAGUCCUUGAGUUAUUGAAAUGUACUAUCUAUUUUCCUUUAGAAUGAUUUAAAACAAUAUUCUGAAAUUUACAACAAUUAAUGCUGUUUUUUUAUUUGUAUUUGAAGGGAUGCAAUUCAAACACAAGUUCUCAAAGCAGACAUUUAGAAUUGACAUGUUAGCUCAUAUGUGAAAUGUUGAAGAUGCUCAUACUCAUGUCAGAUGUUUUUAAAAUGUUCGUUUGUCACUGAGUGUAAAUCACAUUGUGUGUUAUUACUGGCAGAGCAGAGAAAAUGUCACCUUACAUUAAGCUUCAAAUUUAUCACUACAGCUCCGCCCCCUAGUGGUGGAGAACACUAAUGACGUCUUACACGAUAUGCUGUAUCUCAGUGAAUAGCAGGGUAUUUGUAAUAGAAGAAUAUUAUUGUUAUAUUUCAAUUAAGUCAACAAAAAUGGUUUUACACUGUUAAGACGUGUUGUGACGUCCGUGCUCAAUAGUUCAGGGGAAAUGACUGUCUAAAAAAAAAAGAAAUUGAGAGAAAUAAACACUAUAU